AUGUCAAACUCCUAUGCAAAAUCCUUCCCUCGCCCAGAAGCGGGGUAUACCCAAUCAUUUUGGCGCACACAACCGGAUCUGCUAGAUAACCAUCAAACUACACCAGAACUACCUAAAGAAGCCGAUAUCCUAAUUAUCGGUGGUGGCUAUGUCGGAGCCUCGGCCGCUUAUCGCUUACUCGUAGAGAAACCGCAAAAUCCAACCCCCAAGGUGGUGUUAGUUGAGGCCCGGGAGCUGUGUUCCGGCGCCACGGGGCGAAAUGGUGGCCACUUGAGACCAGAUAUCUCUUCAUCAACAGCCUUGUUCACUGAACGCUAUGGCAUCGAAGCAGCAGCAGAGAUUGUGCGGUUCGAGAUCUCACACUUGAAGCUCAUCGAGGAGCUAGUCCGUAAAGAGAACAUUGACUGUGAUCUCAAUUUCACCCGCUCUUAUGAUAUUUACUUUGAUGAAGAUGAGCUCAAGAAGGCAAAAGCCUUUUAUGACUUUUUGGUUGACCAGGGGCUGGACUUUAUGGACGAUGCCAAAUACAUGUCUCAAGCCGAGACGCAAGACAUGGCGCAUGUCCGAGACGCCAAGGGAGGCUUUAGUUUUUCAGCAGCCCAUCUCUGGCCUUACAAACUCAUUACCCAUCUCAUUCGUAUCGCCGUUUUCCGUGGCCUAAACCUACAGACCAAUACACCGGUAUCGGAAAUUGCGGAAACUCCAAAUGCAGAUGGAUCCUGGUCGGUCACUACCAGCCGUGGUGUUAUUAACGCGCGCAAGGUUAUCCUCGCGACCAAUGCAUACACCAGCGCCUUGGCCCCGGAGUAUUCCAAAGCCAUUAUUCCCUGCAAAGGGAUAUGUAGCCAGAUUUUCGCAGCACCAAGUGCACCCCACCAGAAACUGCCUGGUACUUAUGUCAUCCGAUUUGGUCCGGAGGCGUAUAUUUAUCAGAUUUCCCGGAAUGAUGGGUCGCUCAUUGUUGGCGGGGCGUCGCAUCUUUUCAAAGAUGAUCGGGAGGCGUGGUAUAAUAACCCCGAUGAUGGGAACUUGAUUAAAGUUGCUGUGGAUUACUUAGAUGGCUAUAUGCAACGAACUUUCCUUGGGUGGGAGGAGAGUGAGGCGGAGAUCAAACAUGUCUGGGCUGGUGUCAUGGGAUACAGUGCAGACUCGUUGCCUCAUGUUGGUAGUAUUCCGGGUAAACCGGGUCAGUUUAUCGCGGCCGGGUUCAAUGGUCAUGGUAUGCCUGUGGCAUUCCUGUCUGGUAAAGCCGUGGCGGAUAUGGCGCAGAGCUCGGUUGCAUUUGAAGAAACUGGUUUACCCAGAUUGUACAAGACGUCACUUGCUAGACAAGAGCCAGUUUUUGAUGAUAUUCUAGGCUAG